AUGUUGGCGGCGUCCCCACCGGUCUCGGGUUUCUCUUCAACGACUCUCUCUUCGACUCGUCAAAUCCCCCAAAUUACCGCAGACAAAGAUGGCGACAAACAAGCCAUUUGGGUCCCUAUGCUCAAUAGUGCCUCGAAAGGCAAAGAUCUGUCCGAAAAGCAGCUCAUCGUCCUGGGCGGCACGCCCGAACAACAACGCGAAUUUCUCGAGCAGUUGAACCCUCCCAAUCUACGACCGCGAUACGCCAACAAUGAUAGACGAAGACAACCUAGAGUGGCUCCCAUAUCGAACCGAUAUGCACUAGGCUACACAUAUCAUGAUGUCCUGGACGCCGAUCAAGAAGACAUUUUGGCCCGAUUGAACAUUUACACAUUGGCGAGCCCCAGUGCUGGGUUUGCACCCCUCUUGAAGCCGCUGUUCACUCCCAAGACGGUCAAGGAUACACUGAUUACCAUUUUGCUGGACUGGCAAGAACCGUUCAAGUGGGCCAGACAGUUGAGACAGUGGAUUCGGUUACUUCGGUCUGUGAUAUUGAGCCUGGACGAGCAGACCAAAAUUGAAAUGGAAGAGACCAUGAUUGCUUGGAAGGAGAAAAGAGUGGGACCUGAUGCGCAUUCUGCCCAACCCGGCGGGAGUUCAUCCGCAGACCAAAAGUCGAUAUCGGCGGCAGUCCCGCUUGGACCAGGAGAAUGGGAUGACGGUCUCGGCAUUCCUCUAUCGGUUGUUUGUGUGCAAGCGGAAAAAAUUGAAGUUCUCGAACGAGAUUUUGGGUGGGGAGAAGAUCAAUUCGACUUUUUGAUGCAGUGGCUGAGAUGUGUAUUGCUCAAACAUGGAGCAUCACUGGUCUACACCGCAACGUUCGACCCGAACAAUGUCCGGACAUUGAUCCAUUCCAGUCUAAGCAUUCAUUCCCUCCUGAAACGUGAAGUGGCGAAACACAACAUCAUCGACAGAGACAAGAUCCUUGUUCCACCGAAUUGGGAUUCUUGGGGCAAAAUCAGGGUCCUCAAAGAAGGGUUUGAUCCCGAAGCGGUGGGAAACGCUUGGUCUGUGGAAAUUCAGCCCCCGCCGGAACCGUCACUAGACUUCUCAAUAGAGAAGCAAGGUCCAAAUGGUUCGGGAUCAGAGUCGGAUUCUGCCGUUCAGAUCUAUGAAGCCACACUUCGCGACCCGUCCGACGCUCGACCAACAUUCCAACCACGCACGCAUGACGAAACGGUGAGUGUCCCUUCCGUCCAAGAGUUCCUGCAGGUUCAGUACGAGAAUCUGGAGAAACUGAAAGCCGAAGACGAAAAAGCGGAACGAAAGUCUCGAAAAGGAGCAUCUUCCACCGGCACUGGAGCAGGUGGCACAAUGGACGGAGAAGACAGCUCGAAGAAUGCGUCCAAUCCCAGAAUGGCAGAGCAUAUCGGACCGUAUCAAAUUAAUGUCAAUGGAAUCGACUUUGACGCGGAAGAGGCGACGAGACGACUGAUCGAACGGGAGAACGAACGCAAUGCAGCCGCGAAAGCCUCGAAAACCACAUCAAGUGCGAAUACCGCCGGCGGCGGCACGGGCGUGAGUACACCCAUGCGCCGGCAGGGAAGCGAAGCUGGAGCGGAAGGAGCCCACACUCCUUCAGCUACGGGUUCGGCAGGAGGAGGUAAGCAUAGCAACGAAGCCGCGUCGCAAUUCUUUGCCAAUUUGAUGAAGAGGGAAAAGAGGGGAGCUGUCAAUGCGGGUGUCAGUCCGACUAGGGUCGCGGGCAGUGCAAGUCCGGCUGUUCGUGGUGCUGCUGGUGCCGGAGGUGGACAUGUAGCAGGAGAUGAGAAGAGGAGGGAGUCUUGA